AUGGAACACACGAGGGAAUUGGGAUUUCUGAAUCUGACAGUACUCGAACACUUCUCGGAUAUAGACCUUGUGCACGUGCACUAUAAACAACAAAUAAACUUAAACGGCCUUCCUCAUAUAAGAUCAUUGGGCAAACUCUUAUUUGCCCGCUCGGAAAUACUGAAAAACCGAACACAUCGCCUGUACUACGUGCUACCGCAGUUUGGUAUGAUAAUGCCGCUAGACGACAACAUCUCGUAUGAUGUGUUCUUUGACUGGUUACUUUACAAAAGCGUGAAUAAUGUGUAUGCAGUCAUUGAGAACCUCACAACAACCGAUUUCAAAAAAGUGGUGACGUUGUACAUGAAUCAAGUGCCUUCAUUAGAUAUCGGCCUAGUAAAUCGUAAUUACAUGAAAACGCUCGCCAAACCAUUUAGUCACCGGCCCAUGGAACCGGAACUAAAUUCACCGGAUGCACCGCCUUCUAGGAAACGAUCUGAUGCUUCCAUAACGAAUUCUGUUGUAUCAAACCUUAGUGACAAUUUACAUAAAACCUGA